CUGCUCCCGUCCGAAAAACGGUGUGGCACACAGGGUUGUGUAAAUUAAACCAAAGACUCUGAGAUUGUCGGCCUCGUUGUAAGUCAAGAGCUUGUUUGAUAAAGAUGGAGAUCAGACCUCUGUUGAUGUGCUUUGCGUUGUGUGUGGUCUACGCCACCAGCAAACCCACGGAGAAGAAGGACCGCGUGCACCAUGACGCACAGCUAAGCAGUAAGGAACACGACGAUGGGGCCAACUUUGACUAUGACCACGAUGCCUUUCUGGGGGAAGAGGAAGCCAAGACUUUUGACGACCUGACCCCAGAGGAAAGCAAAAACAGGCUCGGUAAAAUAGUGGAUAAGAUCGAUGCAAAUGAGGAUGGAUUUGUCACAGAGGCGGAAUUGAAAACAUGGAUCAAAAAGGCGCAGAAGAAAUACAUUUACGACAAUGUGGAAAGACAGUGGAAGGACUUUGACAUUAACAACGAUGGAAUGAUCUCUUGGGAUGAAUAUAAAAAUGUCACAUAUGGAACAUAUCUAGAUGACCCAGAGCCUGAUGAUGGUUACAACUACAAGCAGAUGAUGGCCAGAGAUGAACGCCGCUUCAAAAUGGCAGAUGUAAAUAGAGACCAAAUUGCAGACAAAGAGGAGUUCACGUCCUUCCUCCAUCCUGAGGAGUACGAACAUAUGAAGGAAAUAGUUGUGUUGGAAACUAUGGAGGAUAUUGAUAAGAACGGUGAUGGUUUUAUUGACCUGGAGGAGUAUAUCGGUGAUAUGUACAACCAUGAAGAUGAAAUGGAUGAGCCAGAAUGGGUGGCGACGGAGCGCGAGCAGUUUUCAGAGUUUAGAGACAAGAACAAGGACGGGAAGAUGGAUAAAGAGGAGACCAUGGACUGGAUCCUACCAGCUGACUACGACCAUGCAGAAGCUGAAGCUAAACAUCUUGUGUACGAGUCUGAUACCAACAAGGACGGCAAACUUACCAAAGAAGAGAUAGUCAACAAGUAUGACUUGUUUGUUGGAAGCCAAGCUACUGACUUUGGGGAGGCAUUAGUUCGACAUGAUGAGUUUUAAUUCAAUUGUCUAGUAUAAUAGAUAAUGACUUUCUAAUUUUAUUUGGUAAAGAAUAUAAUUGAUUUUGUAUUGCUUCAUCAUAACACUAAACCAUCAGAUUUGGUUUACUUGGUGAUUGAUUGUUUUGCACACGGAAAUACAUUCAUGGUUGUUUUUACUGUAAAAUAUGCUUUAUCAAUGUUUGUUUGAAUUCAUGGUCCACACAUUACUGUCAUGUCAAAUAAGUUUUUACUAUUUUGGAUAUACAUUAAGUAUUUCUGUGUGAGGCCCUUGUGUCUAUUU